CUUCCAUUGUUUAUUUAUUAUGCCUUUAUAAAGGAAGCCAGGAGAGGAGAUUCUCUCUCUUUAUCUCUCACUUAUCUUUUUCUCCUUACCCAGAUUCUCUCUGCCAUCUCUGUCAAUUGUAAUCUCUAUCCAGAUUAACCAAUCAUGGCUUCUUAUGAGAAGGCCAUGCCUCUAGGCGGCCCUCUACCAAAAUUUGGCGACUGGGAUGUCAACGACCCUGCCUCAGCUGAAGGAUUUACUGUCAUAUUCAACAAGGCCAGAGAUGACAGAAGGUCUGGCGCUGGAACUCCAUUGAUUCUGGCAGCACCAGACAAAUAUGAUGCCCGUAUAAAGAAGGACAAAUAUAAGUACCCCAAAAAGGUAUGCAUGCCUAAUUACAGGUUUUUAGUAAACAAGGUGUUGGUCUAAUUAACCUAUUGAAUUGAAUCUCAACUGUAAUUUACAUUUUGGAUGCAGAGCAAAUGGCUUUGCUGUGGUUAAGACAAGAAAGAGAGAGAGAUGUUCUUGUUUUUCUCCUUCCCCAUUUAUUUCCUUUAAAUUUUGAUUGUUUGGCUCCUUGGUUUUUUCCUUCAAGGGGAAUGAUGUACAUUGAAGACUGAGUAAUAAAAUUCUAUUCUUUCUU